AUGCGCUCCUUCACGGCUUUGCUGGCCUCCAGCUCCCUUUGCGCUGUUCUCGCGCUCGCUGCUCCCGAAGGAAGUGUCCGACGAUGGGGCACUGUCAAGCGUUCGAGUGAGAAGGUCGUUCGUAAUGAUGGUUGCAUGACAGAAGAGCAGGCCCAGCAGGUCGCCGACAAUUUCAAGGAGCUGAUCGCCGCCUACUCUGACGAACUUGCCAACGCGGUCCUCACCGAGGACUUUGUCGACUACUCUGACAGUGUCAUCGAGCUCAUCAACAACGGAUGUCCAAACUCGCCCCUCGGGACUGCCACCUUCUCCAGCCGAGCGGACUUUGAAGCCGGCCAGAGCGCUCAGCCUCCGAUCCCGUUCGAGCAGUUGAACAUCUGGCACACCUGCGACGCCGUCACUCUGCGCUGGAAGUCCGCUGGGCCCGGUCAGGAGCCGCAGCAAGUCACCGGCAUCAUCGUGAUGGAGACUGAGUGUGGCGGUGAUGGUACUCGACUCAUCAACACCGUCUACUCCGAGUUCAACAGUGGUGCCUGGAUGGCCAAUCUCGGAAUCUUCACGCCUACCAACUGCUCUGCACCUGCUUGA